AUGACACUUUUGGUAAAACGACGAAAGGAGGCGGAGAGAAAGAAGACGGAAACAGGUGAUUUUGAGGAAAACAAAGAGGAUAACAACUUUUGGAAACUGCUUUGAAACAAAUGUGUACCUUCAAACGUGAUUUAAGAACUCCUGGCACUAAAAAAUUAGACGAGAGUACCCGGAUUACGAUAAGUUCCAGAAAGAUUGACGUACAUAGUGUAUUCGGAGAGUUUUUCACUCAUUCUUAUGAAUUUUCUAGCCCCUUUUCCCAAGAAUGCUUUGUGCUUUGUCCGGUACACACUCUUAAUUCAUUUCAGACAAAACUCUUCAAACAAUGGCGUCAAUGUUUGUGAAUCACACAUUUCAAGUUUCACAGGGAGACGCCUGUCGAUUUGUAAGCUACCGUAUCCCGCCCGUCUACAGUAUUUCUUUCAUCCACUUCUUUUUUUCCAGCCCUCAAACCAGUUCGGCUUCAGUCUGAGCUCCAAUUAUUCUCCGUUUCUUCUCCAGGAUUUCGAGCAAGUUCUUCGUCGUUACAUGCGUUUGGAGAUAUAUUGUGAUGCUGUGGAAUCUUCUGGAGCAUCUCUGGAUUCGGAGCAAAAGCAGGGAGAACCCGAUCUGUUCCAAGCGCUUUUCUUCCCCAAAAGCAUUGCUCCGAGGACUCCGGUGAGUUAGAGAGCUAAUAUUAUAGCAAAACGGGACAAAGAACAAGUUUUGAGACGAAAACUUGUUUCCAAAUAUGUUUCUCAAACAAGACAGGUGAAAUGCGGAACUUCGGCUGUCGGAUCGCGCUCGGAUGCAAUAUGCUUUCAAUUUUCAUUUCAUUUCAUUUAUUCAUCGCAGAAAAAAGGAACAGUUAUGCGGAAUCAUUCGCGACACGGUCUCCCAGGGCGCUAAUGCUAAACACAGUGCGCUCGGAAAUUGCGGAGUGUCGUUGUAACUUUUGAAAAUUUGCAGGUCUAAAAAUGCAGUUCAAUUCGUGUUUACGACCUUUAUUUCUUUCGUUUUGACUUGAAAAACGUCUAGAAAACAAUAUUUCUGAUUGGAAACCGUUCUUUACAGAAUUUAGAGUUUUUCAUGUUUUUCACGUCUUUUUCGCAUUUCGUCAAAACUUCAAACCUUUAUAUUCCAGCUCAUUUUGCAUUUCAUGAGCCCAACGAACGAUAAAAAUUUUCGCUGAAUCUUUCUUCACAAAAUUCAGGUUCCGGCGGUUAGUUUUCUUGAGCAGAUUUCGAAAACUAUUCGAAAAACAUCAAAAUCCAGGCAAAAACCUUCAAAUCGAAAUAACUCGGCUAAUUCUCAACGAUAUGCGAGAUUUCUGUUACCAAAACGUAGCUAGUGCUCUAAUUAUUCGAAUCCAGGUUCCAGGCGUACAAAAAAUAGGUGUAUUGUACAGAAAACAUGGAAAGAACGCGAACUCCCGUUGAAAAUUAAUUAAUCGGAGCCGGCGUAAAUCGACACAGCCCGCCUGUUGCAAGUGCGCCCCAUUGAAAUUAUUCGCGCCGUGGGAGACCGUGCGCGAUGCGUCGCGGCUUCGUGUGCAAUGGUCGAAUUGCCCCGUAACUUGAAGAGCAUAAUUCGUAAAAAAUAAACAUAAACUGCAAUAAUAACGAGCAUGACAUUUACUCCAACUUUUCACCAGUUUUCGAGAUACAGCAAGAUUUAGAACUAUUGUUUUGAGCAGCCUGUAUCUCAAGAGAAAACAAUUGCAGGAAGAAGUGGCCAACUGGAAAGUUGGAGGAAAUGUUAUGCUCAUUAACUUUGCAGUUGAUGAUUAUUCCUCCGCAUUUCACAUGUGAAAAACAUGAAGUAUACGAGAACAUUUAAGUGCAUUUACAAUAGAAAAACUCAAACGUUCAGAUGAGGUCAGUGACGAAGACGUUGAUGACCGAAGGAACGCUCUCGUCGAUGUGGUUCCGACUCGUAGCCCAUUAUUUCGAGUGGCUCGCCGGAAUUUCGGAGCUACAAUACUUUAGCGACGAGGAUAAACUUCGUUUGGCAGUGUGCCAACUGUGCAAAGUCAUCUGCUUCUCGGUCGUUUAUCUGAAUUACGAGAAGAAAAACGGCGAGGAGAACGAGUUUCUCUUCUUUGGAUCCGGAUAUUAUUGGGAUCCCGCCAGAAGUCAUGAUCCGCUGUGAGUCUGGAGAAGGGCACCCCAACUGUUCAAAACGGUAUAUCUGAGCUGUCAGGAGAGAUAUCAUGAACUUGUCAACUGAUGAAAUGAACACACUUUCUUCAUGAUCAGUUUGUUAGUUGACAAUGUUUUUAUAUCUCUACCGGCAGCUGAGAUAUACCGUUUUGAAUAAACGCUACUAGGGGCGUCCUUCUUUUACAGUAUUCAAGGUAGUUUUGUCAUUGAGAAUAGUGCAUUUUUUCUAGAAUUCCAGAAGUUUCCUUUCAGAAUGACCGAUUAUUGUACCGAAAUGAAUCGUGCCAUCAAGCAGGUUCUGUCGCCGGUCCGAAAGGUUCGACUGACCAAAGAAGAGUACGUGCUCGCCAAACUGAUUCUACUUUUUGAUUGCAGUAAGUGCCGCCCGUCCUACAUAAACCCAUCUUUUCCAUUUUUCAGCCAACCUCAUCGGAAUCUCGGUGGAAGGGCUCGAAUUCGCGAGAUCCAUGUGCAGCAAGUACCGUACCACCCUGUCCAAUUAUGUCCGAAAUCAGGCCGAAGAGCGGGCGAACCUCGAGAAUUGGACCGAAGAGCAAAUAAAUUGGUUCUCGAUGCAGAGGAUUCGAAGCAUUUUGGACAUGCCAAUCGGCAUAGAGGUAUUGUAAUCCACCAGGACCAUACUUGUGAACACUAUUUGAAAUUCGAAGUUUUUCUAACCGGGCCAUCAGGGCUUUCUGGACAUCGCCGACCCGUGACAACUAUGACCAGGACGGUAAUCCAAAGGGUUUCAGAAACUCGGAAAGCUGGACGAUGAUAUUCUUGUGGGAAUGGUGGAGGCGAAUUACGGAGGAAUGCGCGGCACGCUUCAGCAGCAGAUUCAUACCGAAUCGAAGAAAUUUCGACAUUUCAGAUAA